GCUAGCACGAAGCCACCAGCCAUGGCCGCCAGCAGGCACCAUCUCCCCCUCCUCGCCGUGACCAUCGCUCUCUGCCUCGCCACCCUCACCGUGGCUGCCUCUCCCGACAACACCACCACCCCGGCUCCCUCGCCGGAGCCGCCGCAGCCGACGGCCUACGAGAUGCUGGAGCGCUACAACUUCACGCAGGGCAUCCUGCCGGAGGGCGUGACGGGGUACGUCCUCCGGCCGGACGGCUCCUUCGAGGUGUACCUCCCGGGGGACUGCAGCUUCCGCGCCGGCAGCAUGCGCGUCCGGUACAGCAGCCGCGUCGCCGGCAGCAUCCAGCCCAUGGCGAUCAGCGGCGUCGAGGGGGUGAAGGUGAAGGUGCUCCUGGCGUGGGUCGGCGUCAGGGAGGUCGACCGCGAUGGCGACCAGCUCCGGUUCUCCGCCGGCCCGCUGUCCAAGUCGUUCCCCGUCGACACAUUUGCCCACAGCCCGCAGUGCGGUUGAGGCUUUUGUCGAUAGCAGAGAAAAGCAUUUGCAGAUUGUAGCAUUAGUGCCUGUUGAUUUAAUUUGCGCGUGCGUGUUUGUUAUGUAAUCUUGAUAGGAUUGGUUACAGACAGUGGUCAGGAAAAUCCUAGAACGAAGUUAGAAAAUCAUCAAGAUCGACUUAUUUGUAACCAAGCUCUAAGUGUUUUUGCUCUCCCCUUAGGGCAUCUCCA